AUCAUUCCAUACAGCUGUAAACAUCCUCGGACAGUACACCACCAGAAUACAAGAUGACUUUAUUUCCAGGUGUAGCAUUGGUCACUGGCGCCGCAUCCGGAAUCGGCCAAGCCACUGCUAUAUCUUUUGCUCGAGAAGGAUGUCGGAAAAUCGCCAUUGCCGAUCGCAAUGCUGCAGGUCUGGCUGAGACCUCCAAAUUGAUCGAAGAAGCCGGAUCUGGCGAGAUCGUGCACAUCGUCAGCCAGACCGUGGACAUUUCACAAGAAGCCCAGGUCGAAGACUUCAUCCACAGAGUUGUACGGGAUCUAGGAAGAAUCGACUAUGCUGCUAACUGUGCCGGCAUCUUAAGCAACAAUCAACCCUCCACAGGAACCUCAGCCGCAGAUUUCGAUAAAAUCAACAGCGUCAAUUAUCGCGGCUGCUGGCUCUCGUCGCGAGCAGAAAUCAAGCAAAUGCUGGGACAGGAGCCACUUCCAUCUCAUGACGGACGGCGUGGGAAUCGAGGAAGUAUCGUAAACAUCGCAAGUCAACUUGGAAUUGUCGGAAGACCAGCAGCUCCCGCCUACUGCGCCAGCAAAGCAGCCGUAAUCUCCAUGACCCAAUGCGACGCAAUUGACUACUCCAAAGACAACAUCCGAAUCAACUGUGUCUGUCCAGGCGUAAUCGACACCCCCAUGACACGACCACAAAUGGACGUUCUCGGCCCAGCAAUCAGCAUCGCACCCAUGAACCGUGCAGGCACAGCACAAGAAAUCUCAGACGCGGUUUUGUUCUUGUGUAGUUCGAAAGCCACGUUUGUGCAAGGGAGUGCUAUGGUUGUCGAUGGGGGGUAUACGAUUAAUUAAUUAGAAUAGUGAAUGUAUUGGGGAAAGAGAGAGAGAGAGAGGGAGAAAUCUUUGUUGCGAUUGCGAAUAUUAUUUUCAUCACUCGUCUCGUCUCGUGAGUGACCACAUACAUAUUUUACAAAAAGUGGAAUUUUUGAUCU